AUCUUAGAAAUGGCGGCUCCGCUGGGUGGAAUGUUCACGGGGCAGCCUCCCGGACCCCCGCCGCCGCCACCGGGGCUCCUGGGCCAGGCUUCGCUUCUUCAGGCCACACCAGGGAUUCCAAGAACUUCUAACAGCACCUUAGUGGACGAGUUGGAGUCAUCUUUCGAGGCUUGUUUUGCUUCUCUUGUGAGUCAGGACUAUGUCAAUGGUACAGAUCAGGAAGAAAUUCGAACUGGUGUCGAUCAGUGUAUCCAGAAAUUUCUAGAUAUUGCAAGACAGACAGAAUGUUUUUUCCUACAAAAAAGAUUGCAGUUAUCUGUCCAGAAGCCAGAGCAAGUUAUCAAAGAGGAUGUCUCAGAACUAAGGAACGAGUUACAGCGGAAGGAUGCUCUGGUCCAGAAGCACUUGACCAAACUGAGGCAUUGGCAGCAGGUACUGGAGGACAUCAAUGUACAGCACAAGAAACCGGCCGACCUCCCCCAGGGCUCUCUGGCCUACCUGGAGCAGGCGUCUGCCAACAUCCCUGCACCCAUGAAACAAAGCUGAGGCCAGGCCAGCCUGGGAGUGCACUGGCAGACAAGUCGGCCCAGAUGGUUUGCCAGACAUCACUUUUUAUAGACAUGACAUUUGGGAGAACUCUUUGCCAGAGAAUGAGAUGAGUUUAGUUUCAUGCUCUCACCUAAAAUUUUUCCUGUUUUUAUAAGCACUAUUUCUUGAGUACUUUAUGAAAUGCCUAUCGCUUUGGUAAACUAAGUAUAUCGUCUUUGCUAAAGUUAGACUGUUGGUAUGAUGUCACAGAUUCCUUUUGAUGUGAUGGGGGUUUUUGUUUUGCUGCUUGUUUUUUAUUAUUUUCAUUUUCGUAUGAGUCAGUCUCUAUGUUUGCAGUUUUAGUUUGUAUGAUCUGAUCCACAUAUCAGGAUGAGGAUUUUGGUUGCAGGCUUUUUAUGAUAAUUUAACCCUCAGUGGCAGUAGAUAAAAAUGUACAGAUUUGCUGUUUCAAGACUGAACUACCUCAAGAGGAAUCUAAUGCAACAAUGUUUGUGACGCUGCCAGAGCCUCGGAAUGAGGAUAUUUUGUAAAUAGGUCAGAAAAGGAUGAUACUAUCUUAGAUUAGUGUAGUAACUGUUACUGGACUGCAGUUACCUGGUGCUGGAGGAAUCCAGCAGUAUCCUUAAGGUGAUGCUGACUUCUCUUCGGGCCAAGUUUAUGUUUUGUGUAGUGUUUAUUUACUUUGGAGGCUGGGAUAUGGUAGGAGUAGUGACGUAUUAAACUCUGUACUUUGUGCAGUAAUGAACGGGGCAGACCCUGCUCUCAACAGCGUGACAGUUGGGGCAGAGGUGAGAUGUGAGGAUAUCAAGGCUUACUGUGAUCAACUCUGAGUUUUGAGUUUUGUGUGUUGUGCUUUUUUGGAGCAGAUUUCUCCAUCCAUGAAGGUUUGCGCUGACGGAUGGUGUUAAUUCCAAGGGUCCCCGCCCCAGUGGGAAGUGGGCUGCAGGGUGCAUGUGGAGCCUCCAUGUUUGGGAAGCCCAUCUUGCCCUCUUGGUCACACAGGCCACCUGUGGCACUCUGUUGAAUGGCCAUUGAGAAGUACAAACCGGCACUGGGCCCGGCUCUCAUAGGCUGAACCUUUGCUCUCUGUUUACGUCCCUUGUUAGAUUACAUCCCUGCACCCUAAACCGGUGCUGCACUGCCUUCUGAACAGGCAGUACUUCCCUGACUCAGUGUCUUGGUCCCUUUGUUUCCUCCAGCCUCGAAGGCCCCUUCCCACGUGACACCCACUCAAGUUCCCAUCUGGCCUGGUCGGUGCAGCCUCUGAAGGCCGUCACAGAACCUCUUGUCUCUUCCACCAGCCUUGCUUAGUUCUCCCUCCGAGGGUGGUGAUCUCUGUCUCCUCGUCCCUCGUGAGAAGUUGGCAUUAUUCCCCUCUGACUGUACAGGGAGACACCUUUCUUACACAUGACACCUACUCCUCACCUUUGGUUGCAUGUGUGUAUAUAAUAUGUAGCCUGAUGCCAGUGAAUUCCCUCAAUCAGAAAGUAGAAGUUAAAGCUUUUCAAAGUUGUUUGAAGUCAUAUUAUCUGAUUUCAGGGUUGUCAACAUGGUCCUCUUGUGCCAGUCAGAAGCUCUGACGGGCAGCUUGAGAUGUCUUGAUUAAAACCUAACUACACUAACUACGUUUUUAGGCAUUCUUUCACUAACUGCAGGAACAACUCUGUGUGGGGCAUAUGUAUCUGUUACUGCCACUUCUUUACUAAAUUCAAAAGUAUUUUGUCAAAUAAAUGACAGUGUUUCACUUUUGUCUGUUUGUAAAUAGCAAUUUCCUUGUUAGUGACGUUUUGCUGGUUGGUGAACAGAAAACUCUGGGCUGCGCAGCCCAAGGAGAAAACAACCAGCCGUCACAUCAGCUGGGAGGAAGGGGAUUUUCUCAGUGCACAGAUUCAGACCUUUGGAAGGCAAGGGGGCAUGUAGCAUACAAAUGGGAGAGUUGGCUGGUUAUCACUCCACUGUCUUGAUGCUCAGCAGGACGAUGACAAAACAACAGUGUUAACAGUCAGAGGCCUCUGUGAGUGCCUGUGGGGGGACGGGUAGCAGAUCAAAACCCAUAUUGCAUCUUGGAGAUGGUAAGAUUGGUGCUACUUUUAGAAAUCGAAAGGUUGCUGAGAAGCUAGGCCCUCUCAGAGCUCCAUUUAAUUUCCCAAUCUUGCCCUCGCAGAAUCCAGAAGGUGCUGGAGAAUGACUACAUACCAAGUAGCCUCAGUCACAAUUGCUGUGUGGGAUUUUGCACUGACUCUAGAGCAGUUAAGGGCUCAGGUACACGGUAUGCAGCCGCUAAUGGGGUGAAUUCAUUCUAUUUUCCCCAAUUAAGUACAACUCGUAGUGAUAUUCCUUUCCAGUUUUUCUCCAGAAAUAUGUUAACGCUUCCUUUGGGUCAUAAUAAAGCCUAAAAAGAUUUGUCGGCAAA